CAGCCCAGAAGCAGACCAUGAAUGACACAGGUCAAAGCAUGAAAGAUGGCGAAUUUUGAUACAAUUUUUCACGAUAACAGCUCUGAGGAUGACGCUGAAAACACUCAAGUAUCGCUCGAAUAUUCUCCAACGGUACAACAAGCAAUAGUUAUUCGAGGCGUAGGGCAUAUGACAAUUUUCGGCUUGAACUGUAAAUACGAUACGGAGUUCCCAUCAGGGUUACAUGCUAAGCUUGCUAGUGAAGAGUUUGAGAUGACAAUAAAUCAAGUUAACAAAGUCCUCAGAAAAACAAUGACUGUCAAUAUUAGGUGGUGGCUAUGUGGAUGUAUAUGUUGUUGUUGCACAUUAGGCAUGUCUCUAUGGCCUGUUGUUUGUCUCAAUAAAAGGACCCGUCAUACAAUUAACAAAGUUUUAGAUUCCGAGAAUGUCAAUUUUUACCAUAAACUUGGUCUUCAUUGGUGUUUGAAGAAACAAAAGUGUGCAUCAAGUAGUAUGAUGGAAUAUGUGCUUUUGGUUGAGUUCUUACCAAAGGCACAAAUACUGAAGCCUGACUAAUUGACGGGAGCAAGUGAUUCAACCAUCUCCAAAAUAAAUUUUGGUGUGCAACCACUGUCACAAACAGAUGCUUGCCAACCUUGUCAAUUCUGAUAGUUAACUGAAUACAAGAAAAACUGAAGUCAACUGCAAUGGAUUUUCAAUACACACUUCAACCUUGUACAGCAAAACAAAAAUGCAAAUAGUUUUGAACUCUAUUGGGGGGAUUAGUUUUAUCUUUUUGGGUUUUUUACAUUUAGUUCAUUGAUGUAGUUAAGUUGUUUCCUUUUCACAAUUGCCAAAAUCUUAAUGUAAUGUGCCAUGUAUUGUGACCUAAUAAAUUUCUCUAUUUCAGAUUAAUAUAUUUUAUUUUCAGUGCUGUAAAUAGCUUGUA